AUGACACUGGAGAACUUCACACGGGCCAGGGUUGCCCCUGCUGACUUCAUUCUUCUGGGCAUCACAGAUCGCUGGGAUCUGCGCGUGACCCUCUUCCUGAUCUUCCUGCCCGUCUACCUGGUGAGCCUGCUGGGAAACGUGGGUAUGGUCCUGCUGACCCACGUGGAUGCCCGGCUCCACACACCUAUGUACUUCUUCCUGGCCAACCUCUCCAUGCUGGAUGCCUGCUGUUCCUCUGCCAUUGGCCCCAAGAUGCUAGUGGACCUGCUGCUGCCCCAUGCCACCAUCCCUUACGCAGCCUGUGCCCUCCAGAUGUUUGUAUUCGCAGGGCUGGCUGACGCCGAGUGCUGCCUGUUGGCAGCCAUGGCCUAUGACCGCUACGUGGCCGUCGGAAACCCCCUUCUCUACACAACGGCCAUGUCCCGGUGUCUGUGCCUGGCCUUGCUGGGAGCAUCAGGCCUGGGUGGGGCAGUGAGCGCCUUUGUCCACACGACCUUCACCUUCCGCCUGAGCUUCUGCCGCUCCCGGGAGGUCAACAGCUUCUUCUGCGAUAUCCCUCCGCUGCUGGCCAUCUCCUGCAAUGACACCAGUCUCAACGAACUCCUCCUCUUUGCUGUCUGUGGCUUCAUCCAGACAGCCACGGUGGUGGCUAUUGCCGUGUCUUAUGGUUUCAUUGCUGGGGCUGUCAUCCGCAUGGGCUCGGCCGAGGGCCGUCGACGAGCGGCUUCCACCUGUGGCUCCCACCUCACGGCUGUGGCCAUGCUGUAUGGGACACUCAUUUUCAUGUACCUGCGGCCCAGCUCCAGCUAUGCCCUAGACACCGACAAGAUGGCGUCUGUGUUCUACACCCUUGUCAUCCCAGCUCUCAACCCACUUAUCUACAGCCUCCGCAACAAGGAGGUCAAGGAGGCUGUCAGAAGGACCUGGAGCCGAUUCUGCUGCCUGGGGUGGGCGCACCAGUGAGAGGUCUGAGGAGGCUCGUCAGGGCUGACCACGAAGGGGUGAGGAGGGCGCUUCCCAGCCCCGUUCCUAUGGGCACACACGGAUGGUCCUCUGGCUUGCGUGUCUCCCGUCAUGGUUUACUGGGCUGGAAAGGGGAA